ACUAGUUAAAUAUAUUUCUAAUGCAUAAUGUCUGAUGGGCCUGGUGUUCUACAUUGAUUGAUUCUUACAAUCCUGCUAUCAUGAAGGAUUCAUUACAAGUUGGUAGGAAUCAAGUUUUAGAGCCGAAAGAAAUAUUGAGACAAAGGAAUGGCGCAUCUCUACAACAUGUAGAAUACUUGGUAAAAUGGUGCUUUGUCUCACAAAAUAAUAGUUCAGUCAAUCAUUCUGAUGGUUUGUCAUCAUCUGAUGGCAAAAAUGACAAGAAUAUUUUGAUAUGGAUGACACAGGAAGAAGUUGAGGUAUGCUGUAGUAAACUGCUUGGUUCAGGAUUCACUGGUUUGAGUAAUUUAACAAACAAGCCAUCUUCAUCUGAUGUUGGUACUGAAGAUCAAACUGAUGAUAAAGUUACAGCUACUGAUACUGAUUCAGAAGAUUUUGAAGAUAUGCGUGAUGAUGUUCAAAAACUUGUUAUCAGAGCCAGAAGACAAAUGAAAAAAUCUGAAAAUGAGGAACAUAAACCCAUUAAAAAUAUUUCUUAUACUCUCAAGGUGUUGAGUACAUAUGCCAGUCUUGGAUCUCUAGCUAGCGUCUUUAGACAGACCGGUGCUCUGGACUUGAUAUUGGAAUUAUUGUGGUCUAAAGAAGUUGAAACAAAGAGACAUGCUGGGAAAAUGCUUCGUGCAUUGGCUUCACAUGAUGGAGGUAGUAGAGCGUAUGUGCUACUUUCAUUGAUUCAAGAUAGACAUGGACAGAUGUCAAGCAGUGAUGAUGAUGCUGAUUUUGAAAACCGGAAUACAGUGAUGGAAAUGUUUGCUGAGACAUCGUCAGGUGAAGAAGCUCAUGCUGUAGCUCUCGACUUCAUGCAACUUCCUCAGGUACCUGGGAAAUCAUUAUUCAAACUGAUGAAAUGUUAUCUGAAAGUAACUUCGUUGUUAGAUAUGGAUUCCCAAUUCAUGCAGCUGAUGACUGGUUCAGAAGAGAAAAGUUUCACAAAAGAAAUUCCUGCAGCAAAUCCAAAUGUUGCUUUGUUUGGCAAUCGCAAAUUUGAAGUUACAAUGGCUAUAAGUGAUUUGAUUUAUGAAUUGUGUGAAGUGAUGGGAUGGAAUAACAAACAAACAACAGACGAUAUAACUGUGAAUCAGCUCAAAUCAUCAACCAAAGUGCCUUCUGAAGAAGCCUUGCAAAAAUCAAAAGUGAUAUCACAAUACAAAAAAGAAUUCUCCCAAUUCAUGGAUGAGGUUGUAUCCCAUCCUAUGGGGGCUUCCAACAAUGAUUUCGUUCCACAAAAUCCUCUGCAAGAACUUUGGAGACAUAUGCAAAAAGAUUUGGAUAGCAAAGAAAAUAGUAUGAUGAGUGAAUUACUGGGUUUAACAAUUGAAAAAGAAGAUAACUCACAAAACAGUGGUACUGCUGCAUCAUCUGAGCCACAAUUGCAAUCACCUAUAUCAGAAUUGAAAAAGACUUUGAAAGAAGGUGCUGCAGAAUCUAUACUGGAAAAAGUGAACGACAGUGUGUUGACCUCUCCUACAUUAUUAUUGCCGCCAAAAAAGUCUCAUUGCAUAUUUUCUUCGAAACAAAAAGAAGCAAUAGAUCAUAAGCUUCUUUCAGACUUGAUUAAGAGAGAUACAUCAUUACUAAGACAGAGCUCAAUUUUUCGUGUUCCGAGCUCUUUUGCUACUGAGGAAGAAUAUGAGCAAUAUGUUAACUCUAUAAUUCGUCAAGGAUGGUACGUGAGAGCAAUGAAAAAUGAAGAUGAGAUAGAAGAAGGAGAUGAAGGAAUAUUUCGAAGAUUCGGUCAUAGUUCACGCAAACGAUUAGUUGCUUUUUGGUUCCGACUUGGCACUGUUGGUGACAUUCACACAAAAAACAUACAGAUUAUUGGUCGAACGAAAGAAGGUCAAAAGAAUGUUUCUGCUAAAGAUGCAGCAAAAAUUUUACCAGAUUCUUUCAAGUCACCAGAAAACACAAAACUAUGGCCAAUUUUAACAGGUCAAGAUAUCAUGAAAUUAUCAUGCCAUCCUUAUUCAUCGGAAUUGGGUAAAACAUCAGGAGAAAAGAAAAAACUUGGUUUGCAAAAUUCAACUCAAGGUGAAGUUCUGUCAGAAAGACAAUGGUGGGAAGUCCUCUUUUAUCUGAGAAAACUGAAAAAUGAAACAAAAAUGGAAGCAUUCAAGGAAGUGAGAAAAAUAAUUGAGAUUUCUGAUUCUGAAUUUCUCAUUGACAUGAAAAAUGAAGACCUUACAGUCGCCGAUUUCAAAUAUUGCAAAUUUGAUGCUUAUCAAGUUUUAUCAUUGAUUCGACAUAUUGCUGACUUCGAUGUAGAUGCAGAGAUGCUCUUCAAAAAAUCUACAUUUUGUUCACGAUUUUUGAAACCAAAAAGCCACAAAAGAAAAAAAUUGAAUGAAUUACACGCAGACAAAACUGUAUCAAAUCAAGAAUCAACAGAAAAACAUUCCCAGGCUUCCACAUCCAAGGACCAAGAAGAAGACGAAUCAGCAAAAGAUGCAACAACCGUUGAUGAAGUUUCAGAACAGAAGAAAGCACCAGAUAAAGUUCACGAUUAUUUGAUGUUUAUCUGUCGAGAAUCAACAAAGUUUAUGGAAUCGUUUGUCAAAUACAAGACCUUACGAGAGAUGUUUGGUGAUAUCGCUGGUCAGUUAGAUCAUCUGGCAGAAGACACGAAAUCUGAUGAAGUUUUGGAUCAUUUACCAGAUGCUGAUACUAAAAAACAAGAACGUGUUGCAGCAAUUAUCAUAUUGCAUUCUAUAUUGAUGAAGGAACUUCAAACUCCUUUCUCAAGUCCUACAUUGAAUUCAGUGUUAUUCAAGUUGCAACCUAUUCCGCAAGAAGAUGAUUUGGAUUUAUGUAUUGCUUGGAUGGAAUGUGUUCGCAUAAUUCUCAAUGCAGCUCAUGUGCAUGGCCCUAGUAAAAUGCGAGGAGCAGAGGUGAUAGUGGCAACAUCUGGAUGUCUGGUUGGAAUAAUAAGAAUUCUUAAAUGGUUUCCUACUUGCAUCGAGUCAACUAUGAAAGCCAUAAGGUGUCUCAGUCUAGCAAUGCAAGCUGUGAGAUUCCAUGUUACACCUGAAAGUGCAUUGAGAAGUUCAGAAGCACAAAUCAUUCGAGCUGUCGUUGAUUCCAUUGUUUCUGCUUCGGAUCCCAGUUCUGAUGACGAGGACGAUCAGAAGUCUGAACUUUCUGCAUUUUUCUCUGGGCUUAACUUUGUAAUCGAUGAAAUUGAAAAAUUAUUGGAAAAUCCAAGGAAAAAAGACCCUGUGAGAUGGACGGAUAACGAAAGCACUACUGAAGUUGGAGCAUUAUAUGAAGGAAUAUGUGUUUGUAAUUUCUUAAUCACUGAUCAUAAAGAAUUGAUGAAAAGAACUCAUCAACUUAUCAUGCCUGUUAUAAAAAGGGCAUUGCAAAUUGCCCCGUCAACAUCACCAACUGCCAAAGUAAUAAACAUGGUGAAAUCCAAAAUUGAAGAAUAUUUUCCUCCACCAGCUGACUUAGGUCUAUUCAACUUUAAUAAAGCCUGUGCAGGUGGGAUUGACUUAAUAGAUCCUGAGGAUUUAACUAAACUCAAAGAUGCAUUGGAAAAUUUGCUUGAUCCUGAUAAUUUUAAUAAGAUGUCUCCUACUAUGGGAAAAAUACUCAACCAUUUAUGUGUUGUUUUAUACGAUGAACAAUGUCUGAAAUCAGCUCAGAAUAUCAGACUUAUCAACACAUUGUUUCCAUUCGUUCUCUUUCCCAACAUGAACUUAAAAAUGUCAGCAGACGAUCUUUCGCAAUGUGUUAAUUUGAUUGAAUAUGUCAUGUUCGAGUCUAAUCCUUCAACUUCUUCUGGACAAACUUCAGUUCUGGCAGAAUUACUUGAGGAAAAACACAGACCUGCUGCAAUAUCUGCAUUGCUCCAGCUGAUUGAAACUCUCUCAGCAAGUACCUUGAGACCUAAUUUGGGUUCUGCUAGCACAACACAAUUAAAAGAGAUUGUAUCAAAGACAGUCGCUCUACUUCAACGAAUUGCAGAUGUGGAUCGAGAUUCUGCUGUCGUUAUGUGUGGAUUGGAUGCAAAACAAUUUCUUUCCAAAGCUGUAGAAAAAUAUGAUUCUGUUCCGAAAGCAUCAGAACUGAUUGAAUUUCUUGCAAGUUAUGAGCGACAUCGUUCAUUGCAUUCUAAACUUCUUGUUGUUGUACUUGGUGGUACAAUAGGAGUUGCAUUGCGUUGUAUGGAAGAUGCAAGAAGAAUGCAAAAUACUUUGGGAAUUCCACUACUUGAUAGAUUAUUCGACAGCCUAUGCCAAGGCUCCGAUUUUGAUGUGAAAGAAGACAAAUGUUGGGAAAAGAUUGAAGUUUCAUCCAAUCCCAGACAAUGUAGUAAACUUACUGAUGGAAAUCCUGAAACUUACUGGGAAAGUAAUGGAAGUUCUGGCUCGCAUUGGAUCAAUAUUUUCAUGAAGAAAGGAGUUGUGAUAAGAAAACUCACAGUACAUGUAUCACAAGAUGAUUCUAGCUACAUGCCAGCAAGAUUUGUUGUCAUGGGAGGAGCUAGACCUUCUGAUAUUUCACAUCAAUUGAAUGUAAUGACUGUAUCAACAACGGAUAAUAGAGUUGUCAUAUUGGAAAAUGAAAAGAAAUAUUGGCCAGUGAUUAGGAUUUGUAUACGACGAUGUCAACAGGGUGGGAUUGACACUCGAAUUCACGGACUUGAAGUUGUUGGACCAAAACCUUCCUUCUGGCCAGUUUUACGUCAACAAUUAUGCAUUCGUACUUGUCUCGCUUAUUUUGUACGAGCUCGUGCAUGGAUUUCGUCUUGCACAAAAAAAGAAGAAAUUGAUGAAACCGUAUCGAAGAAACAAAAAAUUAUGACUCAUGGAAUAUUGAAUUUAUCUUCAAAAAUAAUUCAAGCUAUUCAACAUGAGCAAGAAUUUGCAGAUCUAUUUCUUCCAAAUGAUGAGUCAUCACUUGUUAUAGGACAAGCGUUUAGAAAUGCUGUUAUUAAUCCUCUAGUGACAGCUGUCCUAGAUGCUGGAAUUUCUGAUACAAAAGCAGAUGAGAAUAAAUCUUCCAACUCACUUUCACCGACAACAAACUCUGAAGAUUUCGCUUCCUCUCUCAUUUUUCAACUAUUAUACCAAUAUGUGGAAAUGGCCAAUUCACAUGAUGAAGAUUUUGGAUUGUUUCAAAUGGAUCGUCUAGAAUUUUUAUCACGUCUUCGUCGCCUCACUAGACUUCUCGUUGAUCUAAACCCAACUGGUCCAAAUUCUUCUAGAAGAACACAGAAUACAGGAAAUGGAGCUAAAGAAUGGCAACAGAAAAUGCAGACCAAGUCUUCAAAAGAUGAUGACAGUGCAAGAACAUCAAGAAGCAAAACAUCUUCAACAUUCGAAGCCACGUCAGCAUCGAAAAACGCUACCAAAGAAAUUGAAGAAUUGUUCGCAGAUGAAUUGCUAGACCCAACUGCCGGAUCCACAAGUUGGAACCCUGGUUUAACCCCAAUCGCCAAAAAAUGGUGCUCUGUGGUUACUGUCAGAAUGCUAAAUUUUUUUAAUGAAAAUUUAAGCCUUGCAAAUAAUGGUGGAAAUUUGGAAACAAUUGGUGACUCUGGAUUGGAAUUUUGGCAAGUGCUUGCAAAAGAGUAUGAAUGUCUCAGGAAAUGCACUACUGAACUAUUUGGAACUCAUGCUCAGUUUCUGACAGCACUUAUAAGAGGAAUCAAUGGAGCUAUUGGGUCGCUUGAUAUUGAGCAGACUGUUGCUUUCGGUAGGAAUGUUGCUAUUACUAUUCACAAGUUGAUGAUGAAAUCCAAAUCAUUGCAAAUAACACGACAAGAUUUGAAGUUAUUGGAUCAUCUUGCACAAUUCCUGUUUCUAUCAAACAACUUGGAUUGGGGAUGUGUCUUUGAACCUUUGUAUUGUUCUCUUCUUGCAUCAAGAUUGCUCAAUUAUGACUCUGAAAAUAUUGAUUUUGAAAAACAAAUUUCAAAUUCUAUCUGUGCUUGUUUUCCUGAUGGACGGCCAAACCUUAUGCUACAAGAUGCCUCACAUUCAAAGAAUCUAUGGAAUGGAUUCAUAGCUCACAGAAUGGAAAUGUUUGAUACAAUAUCAUUGCUAAUGAGCUCAGAUGAAAUUGAACAACAACAAAAACUAUUACUUCAAAGUCAAUUGGAAAAACACUGGAUGAAACUCAAUUUGUACAAGAAUGGGUUACUGGGUGCUCAGGUUGUAAGUCCUGUAUCAUGGAGAUUGAAAGCAACUAAGAAACAUGCUGUUCCUGAUUUAUUAUGUCAAUUGAAAAGCGAUCUCAUCACUUUACUCAAUGAUUAUGAAACGUUUUUCCAAUCAGCAUACCAGCGGGCUGUCUCACCGAGCGGUUCAUCCAAUUCCGGACCAUUACAUUGGACAGGAGAAGGAUGGGCUGAAAUUGUGGACAUGAAAACAAAGCAAGUCUAUAAAGUUACAACAACGCAAAUGCUUCUUUUGCUGCAUUUUAAUUAUGACUGUGAAAAUGAGGUGAAUAUUGAAACCUGGAAACAAGCAUUCCCACACCAUUGGUCAUCAGCAUUGGAUGGAUUAGUGAAAGCCAAUAUUUUGAAGCCGGCUUCAGAAACAUCUUUUGUGCUUGUAGACACUAAUAAAACAAAAAUGAAAACACCAGUUAUAGAUCUUGUUGUAUGCUUCGAUGAAACCGAAAUUUGCAAUAAAUUUGACGAUGUAAAAGAAUUAACAGAGAAGCGAAAUACAAUAAUAGAUUGUGCUAUUAUUAAAUGUAUCAAGCAAACUCAGUCUUGUCAGAUGGAUGCUCUUCUGUUCAAUGUCACAAGACAAUGUUUAGGAGAACCGAUUGAUGGUAUAUUUUAUGAUGGAACUGAUAUUGAAAACGCAAAAACUCAUGAUGUCAUUAAAGAAAACAAUUCUAAUUAUUUCCUACCACUCUCAUCCGAGAUACGAGCGAGAUGUGAUCUUUUGAUCGAUCUUGGAUUUAUAAAACAAGAUCCAGAAAAUCCUCAAAUCUUAGAAUACAUUGCCAAAUCACCUCCUAUAAGAAGUAGAACAUCAACUAUAUGUAUGGAAAAAGAAAGUGAAGCUGAAAAUGAUAUUACACAAGCAAUACAGGAACCUGCUACAAAGAAUGAAGAGAAGGAGACUGCCAUAGAAGUAAAUCAAGACGCAACUGUAAUAGAUGUAACACGAGAAAUUAGUGCAGAUGGAAUUCAAGAAUCUGAUGAUGAUGAUGAUGAUGAAUGGGAGACAGCUACUAAUUCAUCUUCGACUUCUAUCCCGAUUCCCCAUCCUACGUCAUCUCCCGCAUCAACUCGACCAAAAUCUGGAGCAAUUCCUAAAAAUAGAAAGGAAUCUGAUAAUUCUGUCAUUCCAUUAACACCAGCACCUCAAGAUAUAGUUUAUCCAUUCAAAGACUUAUUAUCAUGGCAUCUUGUUCAUGGAAUGUCUGAGAAUCCAGCAAUCAUCACUUUACAAAGAUCAUGCCAAUCACUCACAAAAGAAGAGAUAUAUACUACAAUUGAAAAAUCUAUCACAAGAAUUUCUCAAGUACUUUCCUGUGACAAGAGUAUCGUGGAAGCAUUAUUACUACAAAUGGAUUGGAGGGUUCAAGAUUUGAUAGAGCAUUAUGUAAGUAAUAAGUCUGCAACAUUGAGAGCAAUUGGAAUCACAAAUGAAGAAAAAGAAUCGGAUGAAAAAGAGGGUGAUCUCUCUGAACAAGGUGCUGCUGCAGCAUCUGCUAGUACUGCAAAAAGUGAAUCUUCUGAUAAUUGUUGUCCUAUUUGUACUAACGAACUCACAUCUUCAAAUUCACUCGCAUUACAAUGUGAUCAUCAAUGCUGUGUUGAUUGCUGGAAAACCUAUCUAACUCAAAAAUUGGAUGAAAAUCAGGCAUCAAAUGCUCAGUGUCCUAUUGAAAAAUGCGAUGCUCGUCCAACACUGGAAACAUAUGAAAGACUAUUCAAAGACGAAAAGGAUAUUUAUGAACGGUACAAAAUGGUACUUGUGCGAUCCUAUGUUGAAAGUGACAGAUCAUUAACCUGGUGUCAUUGCCCACUAGGAUGUGAUAUGGUUGUGAGAAAAGGUUCUUCAUGGAAAAACAUCGGGACUUGCUCAGCAUGUGGUUGGGAAACUUGUUUCGCUUGCACUUAUUCUGAGUCACAUUAUCCUGCAAGUUGUGGUCACAUGUCACAAUGGUUGGAAGAUGGAGGUUAUUUUGAAGGGAUGGGUGAUGAUGCAAGAAGUAAACAUCUAGCAAGACUUAUUGCAAAAAGAUGUCCAAACUGCCAAGCUAAUAUUGAAAAAGACGAUGGAUGUUUACACAUGAAGUGUCUCAAAUGCAGCCAUGAUUUUUGUUGGAGAUGUCUGAAACCAUGGCGACCAACACAUCGGGAUUACUAUAAAUGCUCAGCUAAAGUAAGCAAGAUGGCACAAGCAGGAUUGAAAUUUCAAGACCAUAAUAAGAGAUGUCAAUUUCAUCAUAAAGCAACGAUGUUUCCACUUGGUAUCGUUAAACGAAUGAUGUCAGUGGAUGCAACAAUGGUUUCACCAGUCAAACUCACUCGUGCAAUCAGAGUUUGCAUCAUUUUAGUGAAAGCAAGAAAGGCACUGGCAUACAGCAACAUUUUCAGUUAUUAUUCGGUCGAUACAGAAAGGAUGAAAACUAUGGAACUUCAUUCUCAAGUACUAGAAAACAACACUCUCAAACUACAGGAAUUUCUAGACAAAACCCUUCUUGGUGUUGCCGAUAUCGACAAUGCUCUGGCAAAUUUAAGCGAUUCUGAUCUCAUACAAAUGGAAGAAUAUUUUUCCAAAAUUGGAACUCAGUUGAAAUCUAUUCUAACCUUUUCUGCCCAGGACAUGAAAGUUGGUUUGCCCUUGUCAAAAUUAUUGGCAGAUGGCAAAACAAAUCGAAGUAACAUUGUUCUUCAUGCUCGACCUGCUGGAAUGUCUGAUGAUGAGCAUGAUGAUGAUGACAUUGGAUUCGGGUUAUGGAGAAGAGAUGCUACUGCAUUAGAAAGUGCAGUUGAUAGAUUGAAUCCUGUACUAAGAGCAUGGGAUGAAGACGAUGAGGAUGAUGAUGACGACGACGAUGAUGAUGAAAACAAUGAUGAGGGGAAUUUCCCGAGUUCAGAUGAUGACACAUUUGACGAUGAUGAUGACGACGAUGAUGAUAAUCGAAUAUCAGAUGACACUGUUGGUGAUUACGAUAUGCAAUAUGAAGAAGAUAAUCUGUACUCAAUGUUUUAACAAAUGGAACCACAACUAAACUAUAGGUGAUUAGCCACUGUGGAAUAGAAUCUUGGCGAUAUUUAAGAUAUUGAUAGGUGAAAAUGGACUCACUAUAUUCGACUUAUAUAAGGAAUUGUAGCAAUACUAUCCGGGUCACAAAUCUGCAAUUCAACAUGUUUUGUUUACAAUCUUUCACCACUUCACCCAUUUUUGAAAAGUGCUGAUUUAUGAUAGUUAACUAUCAUUCAAUUUCAUAUUCUAUCCUUAGCACCUUGUGUACAAUCUGUACUUUUUGUUGGUGUAAUUUUGAAUGAAAACUAACUGGGUAUCGGGUAUAUUGGAUGUUUUUCAUGUUGACUUUUAUAGCCAUUUUUAAUUCUUCCCAAAAGGUUUAUUUCUGGUUUUUAUGCUUUUGUGGUAUACGUUUUCUUCAAUAAUUGUUUGCAUUAUCUCUCCUUAUUUUAUUCGUAUGCAACAUGCGAUCUCACAAUCAGGAGGGGAAAUGGGGAUUUCAUUUUUCGAUUUGACUUCAGAACUACAUUGUUCUCAAAACUUUCAAAUGUUAUCCCGGACCAAACAAGACUGGCGCACUUUAUUCAGUUUAUACUUGUUCCACUGCCAUCAUCUUAGAAUGAAAGCAAACAGUAAGUCAACUCCUGGUUGGAUUGAAUAAAGUUUGCCCAGCAUCUUUAUCUGGCACUUUUUUCGUUUUUGUGUAAGUAAGGUUAUCUGAUGACUAUAAUGAUCUGAUGACUAUAAUGAUCGAAAUUUCAGCUUCUCAUGUUCCGAUUCCCAUGUUCUUUUUGCUUUUUUUUGCUAUGCACGCUUACUUUCAUUAUUUUAAACUAUUAUCACUGAAUCACGUUUGGCCGAUACAAAAAUUUAAGCCGUAUAUUUACUAUCAGUGAUAAGUUUUGCCGACCAUGUUGGAUCUUUUUUUUUUUACUGUAAGAUAUUUACUUAGUAAUAUCAAGUCAUAAAAGUUUCAUUGCAAAUAUC